GGCUACUUAAGCACCAAGAUACCGUCGUUUCGCCUAUCUCCAUUCCUCCCGAAACACCAUUGCUCGAUAUCACAACAUCUCAUCCGAUCACUCACCACUAGCGGGAAUUCCGGUGACGCUCCUUCUAGAGGCACCAUGUUGCCGGUGUCAACCUAUUGGAGGGUGGUGCUACUGGGGAUGCUCAUAUCUGCAGUCAUCUGGCUGUUCAUGUUCCGAGAGAGCCUUGGUGUGGCCUCAGGACUUGGAUACGCCUCCCAAAUCACCCAAGCCGACCCCGACGCUAAUAAACCAGCUCUGCCCGAGGCUACAAACACCAGUCUCACGUCGCUUAUACUUUAUGCUUACGCGGAGUCUGAGACGGCCCGGGAAAAUCUUAAAUUUUUCCUGGAGAAAGGUCUGCACGGUGGGGCAGAUUUCAUCUUCAUAUUUAACGGCGAGACUGACGCCUUCUCUCUCAUUCCCGAGCACCCGAAUGUGAAGGUCAUCCAGCGAGAGAACAAAUGUUUUGACUUGGGCGCUAUGGGCGAAAUCCUACGGAAAGACGAUCUCUGGAAACAGUAUAAGCGAUUCAUCACCAUGAACGCUAGUAUUAAAGGCCCGUUUCUGCCACGAUAUGAUAGGACAUCCUGCUGGUCAGAUAUCUUUCUCAACCGCAUCACCGAAACGAUCAAACUAGUUGGUACCACCGUCAACUGCGAGCCAUCGCCACAUGUCCAAUCAAUGCUCUGGGCUACGGAUGACGUUGGUAUGGGAAUCCUCUUGGACCCAGGACUAGCCUACACUGUCCCCCAGGAAGAUUACUGGGGCACAAUAAACGAUCCGGUCGGGCUCAGUUUCUGUCACGAAACAAUGAAAGCCGCAGUCCAUUCCGAGAUUGGGUCCACAAGGCUUAUUACUUCCCAAGGCUACAAGGUCGAUGCUCUGAUGACAGCUUACGAGCUUUCAGCAGGUUCCGACGUAGAGAAUUACUGCAAGAAUGGGCAGCUUGAAGAUAUUUUGUACGACAGGAGAUACUAUGGUACCAACAUCCAUCCAUAUGAAACGAUAUUCUUUAAGUCAAACCGUGGCAUUGACCCAGUUCUUCUGGCAAAACUCACAGAUUGGCAUUUGAAGAAUGGCGUCAAGAGUUGGGAUACCUGUAAAUAA